CAGACCUUCAUCUCUAUAAACUAUAAAGCUUCCUUCACUCUCUGCUUCUCACUACCAUUACGCACAGAAAUAUAUACUAUACAUAUAGAGAGAGAGAAAGAUACGCUUAAUAUAUCCAUUUUCUAGAAUUCCCAUGAAAGAUUCACGUAUUGAUCAUUUCUAGAAUUCCCAUGAAAGACUCAUCCGUUGUUGUUCGGCGUAAAAGGAGCAACAAGAUCAAGCUUCUCGUCAGCUUCAAUGGCGCAUUCCGUCGCCAACCGCCGGCCGGGAGGCUGCGGUACACCGGAGGAGAGACAAAGAUUAUAUCCGUUGACAGGAACGUGAGCUUUUCCAGACUGAAAGCCAGAGUGUUGGAUCUUCUGUCGCAAUCGAAUGGAGUCGCCGUGACCUCGCCGUUCUGGAUGAAGCUCCAUCUCACGGAUUCGCGCGAAGAGGAAAGGCCUCUGAUCUCAGUUUCAUCGGACGAGGAUGUUCGGUCCAUGGUUGAGGAGCUGGAGCGGCUCGAGUUUCUGGGUAAGCCCACUAGGCUUUGGGUUUUUGUGUGCUUUGAUUGUUACGCUUCGGAUAACGGGUUUGUUCAAAAGGGGGUUUGCGAUGAGGGUUUGGGAGGCGAGAAUUUGAUGACACCUAAAAAGGGUAAGAAGCUUAGUGAUAAUUCUUUAAGAAAAUUAGUGUUGAAGCAGCAAUUGUUAGGUAAACGAUCAGAUAGAAUUAGGUGUUUCAAGGCUGAUAUUGUGGAUGAGAAUGGGAGUAGUGAACCUCCAGUUAUAGAUAUAAGCUCUUCUUCCAUUAUUGAGUCUGGAAGUUUUAGUCCUGCUAGUGAAUUUUAUAGGGUGAAUGUGUUGGAUUAUGAAUAUAGGAAUGGGCAUUUGGUAGAGACUGGGAAUUUUAAGAAAGUUUCACUGUCAUCCGGGUCGAAAUCUCAGGCAUUGAUUCCAAAGAAUGGGAACUUAAUUACAGGGUUGAAUUGUUUGUCAAAUGGUUUCUCCGGGCAGGCUCGCUUGAUUUUCAAGAAUGGUGAUAGGGAGAAUAUUAUGCCUUUUAGUGUAAAGAGCAAUGUGGAACGUAAUAGAUUUUCAUCGGUUUCUAGUAACGGAAGUGGCAAUCCACCUGCUCAGGGAAGUCAGAGAGUAUUGGUUGGAAAUCACGGAUGCAUUCGUUAUCAUCAUUUUGGUUCAAGUGAGACUAGGAACUCUAGGGUUCAUCCUUAUCAAACUAGAACUCAAGAUGUUUUCAGUGGAACGGAAAAUUUUCACAGUUUUGGAUUGGAUGGAAGACCGUAUAUUGGAAAGUAUUACACAGGAAUGAGGUCGAGUAAAAACAUCUCAAAGCAGUGGUCUAUUUCACAUCAACAAAGAAUUAAGGAUGUGGAAGGAAAGAUGAACCGUGAAUGUGAUGAAUACAGAAGUGGUCAAGUCUUAGUGAAGCGGGAUGGGCCUAAAAAAUGUCAUUUUGCUCAUGACAGCAUGGUUAAUGACUCUUUAUUGACAGUGGAUGACUAUUCUCGGGCUACUAGUUCUAAGUUAGACUUUUCGCAUAUUCCUAAUACCAAGACACAUGAACUUCAACUUCAAAGUUUGCUUCCAGAUGUCCUUGGAAUUCCUAUGAAUUCUGACUCUCUUUCUAGUAUAAGAGAGUUGAGCUGCAAUUGUAAGAUUUUGGAUAUAGGGGCAGGGUGCGAGCCCUUCAAUGUUUUUCAGAAUGGCACUGCACAAGAGAAUGCGACAUCUGCUAUUGAUGUGUCCCUCAACAAUCUGUCAUUGUCAUCAUCGUCUAUAAAUGUGGAACUGCCAAGUUCUUCCCCUGCAAGAAGUGACAUUACAAAAUCCUCGGUGAAGACUCAAUCAAAGGAUAUGGAUCCAAUGGAUGAAGAAGACCUGAGUUCAGGCCCACCACUCGAAAGAUCAAAUGGAGCUUCUUCUAACUCAUUGGUUAAUAAUGCUUCUCAGAAGCUAAACAAUGAUAUAGAGGACAAAUCCCCAACCGCUUUAAGCACUGAUGAAAAGCAGGAUGAUAAUGGGGAGGCAAACGAAUGUGCAAAGAUAAAUGGUGCAGUUCCUGCUAAUGUUGUUCUAUACUGCACUCAUGUGGGUAACAGGGGGCUUCAGAGGAUUAACAAGUCUGAACUUGAAUAUGUCAAGGAACUUGGAUCAGGAACUUAUGGAACUGUUUACCAUGGAAAAUGGAAGGGUUCUGAUGUUGCAAUUAAAAGGCUAAAGCCAAGCUGCUUCACUGAAGGUACAGUGGACAACCGAUUGGUUGCAGACUUUUGGAAGGAAGCUCACAUAUUAGGUCGACUUCAUCAUCCGAACAUAGUAGCAUUGUAUGGUGUAGUUACAGAUGGUCCCACGAACAAUUUGGCAACAGUAACCGAGUACAUGGUGAAUGGCUCUCUUAAACAAGUUUUGCAAAAGAGAGAUAGAACCAUUGAUUGUCGGAAGCGAUUGAUAAUAGCAAUGGAUGCAGCUUUCGGUAUGGAAUAUUUGCACCAAAAGAAUGUUGUCCACUUUGAUUUGAAGUCGCACAACUUCCUUGUCAAUAUGAGGGAUCCUCAGCGACCAGUAUGCAAGAUCGGUGAUCUAGGCCUGUCAAAGGUUAAACGGAGGACACUUGUUUCUGGAGGAGUACGAGGAACUAUACCAUGGAUGGCUCCUGAACUUCUGAAUGGUGAAAGCAUGGUGUCAGAAAAGGUUGAUGUCUACUCUUUUGGAAUUGUCAUGUGGGAACUCUUGACUGGCGAAGAACCUUAUUCAAAUAUGCGAGCAGAGGAAAUCAUAUGUGGUAUAAUUAAAGGCAGUUUGCGACCCGAAAUCCCAAACUGGUGCAAUCCAGCGUGGAGAGCCCUGAUGGAGAGGUGCUGGUCGUCUGAUCCAAAAGCGAGGCCCGCUUUCUCAGACAUCGCAAAGGAGCUGAGGGCCAUGGCUUUGUCGAUGAACAUCAAGUGAUGACAACAGCCAGGGAAGUUCGUUUUUGCUUCAGAAUAAACACUACAUACAGUUUGUAAAUACCAAAUGCCAAGUCAAGAACAAAGACAUGUUGGAAUGUUUUUAGACGGCUUUCCAUCCAAUGUCGAAUCGAGUUUUGUUCACACGAGUACUAUGUUGUUCUGUUCUUUGUCCUGGUUCUGGAAGAGCCAAAGGUGCAGGUGAAGAUUUUGUUUUUGUUAAAAUCCCACCUGCUUGGAACUACUUUGUUCAUAAGUUUAUUCUGGAUUUUGUUGUGUAUUGCAGCCAUGGAUGUUGUUUCCAUGUUGGUAGUAGUAUUUGAGUAAAGAACACUUCCAAAACCUCCCUUGUAUUCAUCGCAAAUCAUGGCAAAUACUAUAAUAGGUCCAAGAAUACAUGUUGCUAUCUUUUACAUAAAAGCAGGUGAAUGCAUCUUUUGGGAA